AUGGCCUCCAUCAAGAUCCCCAUUGAUGCCAUCACCUCGCGAUUCGGUGACCGCUUCAACAGCAUUCGCUCCCAACCCCUGGGAACCCGCUUUGCCAACCUUCGCCCGGUUUCCGAAUUCUUGGACUUGAAGCGCAUCUCUAAGCCUGCCAAUUUCGGUGAGGUCCAGAGCCGAGUCAACUACAAUCUGUCCUAUUUCUCGAGCAACUAUGCCGUGAUCUUCGUGAUGCUCAGCAUCUACAGCCUGCUGACCAACUGGCUGCUGCUCUUUGUUAUCAUCUUUGUCACGGGGGGUCUGUACGGGAUUGGAAAACUGGGGGGUCGGGAUCUGGACCUGGGUGUCGCUCGCUUCAACACCUCCCAGCUCUACACUGGCUUGAUGAUUGUCACCAUUCCUCUGGGCUUCCUAGCCUCCCCCUUUACUACGGUGCUCUGGCUGAUCGGAGCCACUGGUGUGACCGUCUUUGGCCAUGCCGCUUUUCUGGAUAAACCAAUCGAGAAUGCUUUUUCCGAGGAGGCGGUCUAG